ACAGACCGUACCGGUACCAGGUACCGUAGCUCAGAGAGUGUACUUCUAUUGAUAUUAUUAUUAUUAUUUAUGCUUCCCCGUUCCCUGCAACGUCCAGUGGAGCGACAGUCCAGUGAGAGUCAAGUCGAGUGACAGUCCACCGUACCAUCCACCAAACAGCAGGAACGAUGAAGCCUCCAUCAUUCUGCGGCAGGAAAUGGCUCUCGCUGGCAGCCCUCCUAUGCUCUUUUCCUAAAUUGGCUCUGGGCAUGGGUGGAGAAAAAGCCUACUACUCAACCUCUCCUUUCGACCAAAACUCGAACAUCACCCACCGCCAAAACGUGUGUGCCCGUGCAGCUUUGUAUCAUGACGGAAAGAUUGAACUACGGGAUGCCUUGGCUGGCAUGUCCAUUAGACCGCUUUUGGGCAGAGGGUUAUACUUUUCAUACACAAAUGAGAAUGGGAUUGAUCCAGAGAAUCCAGGUAUAUUGGCUGAUUUGAUGGAUUCUCUGGCGGAAAGGGCCAACUUCACAUGGCGCAACUCCUUUGGUGUUGGGAACGAUCCAGCCUACUACAACUUGACCUGGACAGAGAUGCUUUUAUGGGGAGUCGAGACUUUUGACAUUGCUGUAGACUGGUGGGAUCACUCUGUCGCAAGAAUGGAGAAGGGUGUUUCAUACAUUGAACCGUGGUUUGAUGGCAGCAUUAUUCUGAUUCAUAAGGAAGAAGCUGUCUUUGAUGGCCAUGUAUCAACAGUCAACAUUUGGAACUGGACAAAGCCAUUCGAAGUUCCAGUGUGGAUUGUGACUGUCAUGACAGUGCUGGUCUCUGCUCUAGUAUUUCAGCUCAUAGAGCACCUCAACGGAGAAAGAGACGACCGUCCCAUGCGACAAUGGUUCUCCGACAACAUGUACCUAAGCUGGCUCAACUUUACCCAAAACUAUGAGUAUGCACCUCGCUCCAUAGCAGGGAGGAUGUUUGGAAUCAGCAUGAGUAUUUGGGCCCUCGUGAUGACUGCUACCUACACAGCCAAUUUGGCAUCCCUCUUUGUGGAAGAAAACAUGCAACAAGACACAGUGGACUCAAUCGAGAAAGCGGUGACACUGGGUAUACCGGUUUGUACCUUUGCCGGCACUAAUUCAGACGCCUUCAUACGGGACAUGUACAUGAAUGCUGUGCGGGUCCCAAAGCAAGAUGAGUUGGAAGUCUACCAGGCACUGGUGCGCGGAGAAUGUGGCCUGGCUGCCGCAUACAAGGAUGGAUGGCUUACAUACCAAGGCAGCAAGUUAUACAAUCCACACUGUGACCUGGCAUGGGUGGGCAGAACAGUGAGGGUCAUCAAGUCAGGCUUUGCUGUCAAAGCCGAUGCAGGCGAAUACUGCUCAACUCUGAUUCGAGAUGUUAUCAAUUUGCAUUUAGUUGAAUUGAUAAGCGAUGGUGUUCUGGCGGAUGCAUGGAAGAAGCACAGAUCCCUCAGACAAACUAAUAAUUGCGAGAACCUCGAUGGCAGCACUUCCACCCUGGCCAAUAGCCUACGUCGUCGGCGGCGACUGAAGAUGCGCUCUCAGGAGCUGGAAGUGCCAGUGACAUCGCUCACCUCGAGCAUGCAUCGUGUUCUGAAAAAGGGAGGUGCAUCCUCUGGGUCCAUCCAGAGCGACAAUCAAGCAACGACUGCACUCUCGCUUGAACAAAUGCUUGGGACGUUCCUUUUGCAUUGGGGAACUAUGGUAUUGUCGCUCCUGUUCAGUGUUGCUGCCUACUACUACAAGCAGCGGGCACCCAGAAAGGAUCUUGAGGAGCUUCGAUACCGCAAUCAUGGCCCGGUAAUUGGGAUGUCUCCCCCAAUCAACACCUACGUUGUCAAAAAUUCUGAAGGGAAGCCUCUGGUCCCGGGAAAAUUGGCCACACCAGAUAAGAGGCGUUUUUUUGAGAGCACAGGGACCAGAGAGACUUGGUCGGACGAAAACGAAAGUGGCGACAAUGGGGCUAUCCUCGAAUUUUUGGAACCAAGGGCAUCAGAGCUUCAAGCCGCAUGGUUACGAGAGUCGGUUCUGCUGCAACGGCAACAACAUGCCUUCGAUAGGAAACUGGAGGGCAUGGGUGAUAGAAUGGGCAUGGUUGAAGAUAGAAUGGAGAUUAUGAUUGGCUUGCUGCAACAAAUUUCCAGGCAGCAGCAGCUUCAGUAUGGUCAUGGGCAGCAGCAACAGUCGCACGAUAUGCUGUGGCUUUCGAAAAGCUCAUGCCCCAAGAGGCCUAAGUUUCAUCCACCAACAGUUUAGUUGUGUACGUUGUCAUGCUUGAACCAACGUUUGAUCUGGCCCACAUGCUUGCUGCUAUGAAGCAGAACGCUGCGGCGAUGGCCUUCAUCGCAACAUUCGUUGCGAGCGUCACGGUCGAUUGAUGUGAGCUCAUGUCAACAGUAUUGUACUGACUUCCGAAGAGGAGCUCAUCAAGUCCUAUUGCUAGCUACGGCGUGGUUUCCCUUGAUUACUGGUACGCUCAGUGGAAGUUGAGCCCUCCAGUUAGGGAACACUUCCCAGAGAAAGGACAGGAAAUCUUGGUGAUCCCGCGAGUGAGAUCGAAAGCGCCGUGGUUCACUUGCAUGGGGCAUGCACUGAAUCGAAUCGGACAGAGACAAAGAAACACGGACGAUCGACGGCACGCCAGACGCAUCGCGCGCCGCAACCGGUACUUCUACCGUACAGCGCCUCUAGCUGAUUAUAGGUGCUAGCUAGUCCUCCAAAGUCGUAACGUCGAUUCGGUCAUAAUCUAACAUCCGUCGACCCUAGCUAGCGUAUGAGAGCCCGCAACGCUGCUGCGUGUUGGUUGUGGCCUCAGACUACACUGUAAUCGAGCAGCGUGCCCAUUUCUGCUAGCCAACGCCAGUAACAACAACAACAAAAACCAAGUGUUGUAAUUAUGCUUGAUUAUUACGGCAGCUGUGGCCAUACAUAGUCUUCCUUGUAGGCACUCCCAUCCUUAAAGCCACAAUGAAUCUGCAUGGCAACCUUGUACAUUGCCAUUUCUCGAAUAAGUUCGGGUGAAUUGGGCGCAUGGACACUGUCGUAUUCGGGAAUGACACAUCCAUCGACUUCGACCAGUGUCCCCUUGCCUGCCGCCAGUUCCUUUUUGCCAUGUUGCAUAUUGGGAUCGAUAAACUUGUCCACGUCUUCUUGGGUAAUUUCUUUGGGUGCUUCUGGGACCCCGCAUCUGGUCGUGAGUUCGUUGGCUAUUCGUUUUAUUUCGUCGAGUGGAUUGGCCAAAAUGGCAUCAUUGCUGGAAAGCACUCGACAGACACCUUGUGAAUUUUGAAUGGCUUUCAUAUUGUAAAUGAUCCAGAGACGAAGACCGUGUUCCAACUCGAAUUUUUCGCGAUGGACCAAGGAGAGAGCCACUUCGAGAGGAUGUCGGUAUGUGAACAACACGGCUGGUUGCGUUUUGAGGAGUGUGAGCCACGUUUUGAGUGUAAUGCACAUGCGUGGAUCUUUCUGCAUCCAUGGAAUAUUCUUUGGAUCAUUGAGGAACUCCAAUGUUUUGGUACCCUCUUUGAAGGGGAUACUGCCCGCUUUGAGAUCGGCAGCAGCCUUGUCGGCAUCGUAGCCUCGAACGCCACUGGACCACCACAUGCGUUGGGACUUUAGGAAUUCAUCAUUUUGCAAGACAGCAUCGAUGCGUUCAAAGAAUCCUUUUUGAUUGUCAAAAUGAGCUCCAAUCAAAGGUCCUCCGACGUUGUAUCCAGAUCCUUGUACCAGCAAUCCCGACAUCAUCGAUGUACCACUGCGAUGCAUACCCAAUACGAAAAAUCCAGGACUUCUACCCGGUGGGACGGGAUCCAUCACCUGGUUGGGAGCAUUUUGUUGUUGUUGCUGUUGUUGUUGCUGCUGCUGCUUUUUUCUGUUGCGGAGUCCUUGGAAUUCUUUCAUGGCGGCAUCUUUCAAAUGUCGAUCGGUAAAGCCACGGAAUUCUCGAAAGGAUUGUAGCUUGUCCUUGAGAUGCUUGCCCAUGCCCCCAAUGACCUGUUUCUCGACAUCAUUCAACACCAAAUGAUGACGAGAAUUAUCCUUGACAGGAAUGGCAUUCGAAUUGGGAUCAUCCGACGUUAGCAAGGGCAUCAAGCCCACGAGCAGCAGCAGAUAAACCAACAAGAAGCAACCGCUACAAAUCGUCGAGUAAAGACCAAAGCUAACGUAGGAUGUGAAAUUCUGAUGCAGUCGCCCCUUGCGAUUUCGUUUCCGUUUUGAUGGGCUUUUCUUCUUGCUGUUGUUGCUGUCCAUGGUAUCGUGUUUGCGGGGAUUGUAUUGUAUGGUAUGGAACUGUACUGUAGUGGAAAAGGAUAGCUCGGGAUGCAGCAACCUCAGCUCAUCAAUGGCCGAUGC